UAUCGUGUUUAUAAACAAAGUUAAUUUGUGAUUAAAUUUUUUUUGAACAGUUUUUAUCGGUUUUUAUCAUAAAUUCAUUGAGUUUAAAGUAAAAUCUCCAUCCAAAAUGAAUAGUUCGCAACCUUUAUCGUGUUCAGUUGAGCCAGAGAAAAUCACAGCUCCCCCGCAGACACUGAACGAUUUCUGCCGGAUUUGCCUCCUGCGAAAGCCGUCGUUAAUCCCUCUAACAAGUGAACUGAACGGCACCAUGAUUCCGGAGAUGCUCUGGAAAGUAUCCGGAACGAUGCUGAAUGCGCUCGAACAGCUGCCGCGGGUCAUUUGCGAGCACUGCCUGACGAAGCUGGACCUGGCGUACAGCAUCGCCCAGGAGUUCCGUAAACAGGAGGAAGUGCUGCGUAGUUUCUGCUGGAAGGGGGCUCUGAUCGAUCAGCUGGAUGGGUUUCAACAGACCGAGGACGCCAUCAAAGUGCCCUACUCGGAUGAGGUGCUUAGGAAGUUGACUUCGGCGUCGCAGACGGUUGUGGUAGCAGUCGAGGAAGAUAAGCCAAGCGAAGAAAGCGAGCAACCGGUAAUUCAGAAAGAAUCAACCGAUAAAGGAGAGAGCGAAUUCAGUGGAGAACAGCUGGAUGAUAUAAUCGAAGUGGUAGGUGAAGUGAUCGAGGAGGAUGUCCAAUCGACAGAAGAUUUCGAGAUGAUUGUGGAAGAAUCCAGCGAGAAUGAAGAAUCUCCAGCGAAAGACAAGAAAGUCGGCCUGGUAGAUUGUAGCCAGGACGAAGAAUCGCAAGACAGUGUCAAGUCCAUUAAAAAAGAAAUCCAAGAGGAAGAUAAGGAGGCGGAUUCAGCGACAUUGGAUGCUCCGUCCUUGAUCAUAACUAAGGUCGAAGAAGACGAAGAAUGGAUUGAGGAAGAGGAAAAACUGUCGGAGCAAAUAGAUGAACCGAGCGAAUCGGAAGAGUUGGCCAUCGUGAGCUGUGGUGAAACCGACGAAUCGCAGGAUCCCAUCUGGUUCGAUGAGGAGGAACCGCUGGACAAAGAUGGCGAUGAUCUGAACAGUAAUGAUCGUGAACCAAUCCAAGAGGAGCCACCCACUAGAAAAAGGCGAAAAAAGGGUGUGAGUUUGAUUAAAAAAGACUUAAAGGAAGCGCCAAAACGGAUCAUCAAAAGUGAGGUCAAUGCUGAUGGGUUGUACCACUGCAAAGUUUGCGAUCGGACGUUCAGCGUGCAGAAAACUUUUCUCAACCAUUUGCGCAGUCACGAACACGUCAUGCAGGGUUCGUUCAAGUGUCCACAGUGCGAUAAGGCAUUUGGCACCAAGAACCGCUUGAAACGACACGUAGUGAUUCACACCCGAGACCUGUCGUGUAGAGAGUGCAACAAAACAUUCGCCAACGUGUAUGAACUUCGAGGGCAUCAACAGGUCCACCUGAAAGGUAAGUGGAAAUGUUCGUCGUGUGAUUUUGUCUGCUACGCGAGAGAUCUGAUGAAAGAACACCGUCAAACGAGCAAAUGUGCAAAAUUAGCUGGGGUGAAACCACCGCCAAAGCCGGCUAGGCUGAAGGAUCCAAAGUGUCCGUACGAGGGAUGCGACUAUAGGGCCACCAAAUACGGUGCGAUGUACGUACACAAACGUAGCAAGCACCAGUCGACGUUUGAGUGCGACAUGUGCGACAAGAAGUUUGCCUUCGCCAAUCAGCUCAAACAGCACGAAACUAUUCACACCGGAGAAAAGCCCUACCAGUGUGAUGUCUGCGACAAACCGUUCCGACGGUUAUACAGCUUCAAGGAGCACAUGGCCAUCCACGAGGGCGAGCAAAGGUAUGUGUGCAACCUCUGUGGGAAAUCGUUCGCUCGGCCACGCUAUCUGGCGGCCCAUGUGGCCACGCAUUCGACCAAGAGGCCGUUCGAGUGUACGAUGUGUGGCGCCAACUACAAGACGAAGGGUGAACUGACGAAACACGUGAGGGCCAAACACGAAACGCUGGAGUACGGCAAUGGGAACGAUAUCAUCGAGGAGGAUUACGAUUAUUUUGAGGACGAGAUUUAUUUGUAAGGUAACGUAGAAUAGAAAUAUUUAAGAAUACUGAAGGUCGAA